AUGAAACAGCCAGAGUUGACUCCUAGCAUAACGAGAGAUUUGUCUAUUAUUAAACAAAGAAACGCAUUAGAUCCAAAAAGACAUUAUAAAAAAGAUAAAUGGGAAAUACCAAAGUUCUUUCAAAUGGGCACUGUUGUAGAAGGUAACACCGAAUUCUAUUCUGCGAGAAUGUCUAGACGUGAGAGAGGAAACACUUUAGUUGAGGAAGUCUUAAAUGAUUCUGAUAGAAAGAAAUACUUCAAGAGAAAGUAUACUGAAAUUCAAGAUAAAAAAACCAGUGGUGGUAAAAACCAUUACAAGAAGGUCAAAAGUAUGAGAAAGAAAUAUUAA